AUGGCCUCAAAUAACUCGGACGCAGAGACAAAUCUCUACCGGUACAAUCCAAGUCAUAUCCUACCAGCUGUAUUUGCUGCCUUGGUUGGCCUGUCUUUCGUUUUGCAUGUUUACCAAAACUACCGCUAUCGAUUCUGGCGCGUCACAUUCUUCAUCUGUUGGGGUGGAGCCCUAUUCACCGUGGGCUGGAUUCUCCGCUGCAUAUCGAGCUACCACCCAGGAAAUGUAAACAUCUAUAUCGCAUCGACAGUCUUCAUCUAUGUCGGUCCACCAGUUUACUCAGCCGCCGCGUAUAAUAUCAUCGGACGGCUCAUGAACUACCUACCAAUGCACGCGGUUCUCAACCCCAACCGUGUCCUGAUCUUCUUCAUCUAUGUCGGCGCCGCUGUGGAAGCAAUUACAGUCGCAGGAGCAGCCAAGAACGCAUCAGCUGGGUCUGAUCUGGACAAGUACAAGUCUGGUGGGACUCUCGUCGCAGCAGGGCUUGUUCUCCAAGCCGUGGUCGAAUGUUGCGUGAUCGGGGUUGUUUCAAUAGUCCACAGACGCUGCUCUCGGGCUCGGAUGCUGUCGCCAAAUAUCCGCAUGGUCUGCAUCACACUCUACGGGACAUCGACUCUUGUCUUGCUGCGGUGUAUCUUCCGUGCCGUGGAGUCAUUCGAGAUGUUUGGCAAGCUCAGCUGUCGAGUGAACUGCGGGUCGAUUCUUAGCAACGAGUGGUAUCUAUAUGCAUUUGAGCUAGGCCCUAUGCUUGUCUUUACUUGGUGGCUCAAUUUGAUGCAUCCUGGUCGCCAUCUACCCCGCCAAAAGCUACGAUAUCUUUGUCCUGAUGGUCGUACGGAACGAAUUGGACCUGGCUGGAUUGACCGACGAUCACAGUGGGAGACCUUCGCCGAUCCGUUGGAUUUGAAAGGCAUGCUUAAAGGUGCGCCUUCUCAUGAGAAAUAUUGGCUGCGACAGGAUGAAUGGCCUGUCUGCAAGGAUGGUAGCUUUGCUUUGGGGACUGCUACCAAUGCGAGGGCUGGAUCUGAGAAUGAAAAGGACCUUGUUCCACUUUCUCCUCAUGUUUGA